AUGAUUGUGAGCCUUUAUGUUGACGAUCUUAUCUUCACUGGAAAUGAUUUGAAGACGCUUGAGAAUUUUAAAGCGGCUAUAAUGAAGGAAUUUGAGAUGAGUCAUUUGGGAGAAUUGCAUCAUUUUCUUGGGAUCAAGGUUGAACAAUCAAAAUCUGGAAUUUUCAUUUCUCAAGAAAAAUAUGCAGUUGAGGUUCUAAGAAAAUUCAAUAUGGAACAUGCCAAUCCAGUAACAACCCCUUGCGUAACAGGUUUGAAGUUGAGCAAAAAUGGAGAAGAAAAGAUGGUUGACACAACAAUGUUUCGCAGCCUAAUCGGAAACUUGAUGUACCUUACAGCCACUCAGCCUGACAUCAUGUUCGCUGUGAGCUUGGUUAGCAGAUUCAUGGAGAAGCCAUUCUCGAAUCCUUGGGAGGCUGCCAAAAGAAUUUUAAGGUACGUGAAAGGGACAUUGGAUUAUGGCAUAUAUUAUGAAGCUAACGUUCCCAUCAAACUUGUUGGCUAUACGGAUAGUGACUUGGAAGGAAGCUGUGAUGAUUCUCGAAGUACAUCUGGCUAUGUGUUUAAUCUUGGAGGUGGAGUUGUUUCAUGGAGUUCGAAAAAACAACCAAUUGUGGUACUUUCCACCACCGAAUCAGAGUACAUAGCGGCAUCUUUGGCUGGGAGUCAAAUUGUGUGGCUUAGAGGAAUCCUUGAGAGUUUGAGCUUCAAGGAGCAUGCUCUUACGACAUUGUUCUGUGACAAUAAAUCGACUAUCUCUGUUUCCAAAGAUCCGGUCUUUCAUGGAAGAUCAACACAUCUCCGUCUUCGCUUUCACUUCUUAAGGGAUCUUGUUAAUGAAGGUGACAUUGACAUUACAUAUUGCCCAAGUGAAAAGCAGUUGGCUGAUAUCUUCACAAAACCGCUUGGUGGACCCACUUUCUUAAGAAAUGUUGCUGCUUUGGGAGUUAAGAGCAAAUUCAAUUUACGGGAGGCAUUUGAUGGAAAAUUAAAUUGA